UCUUAGCCCUGCAGUCAACGCUCACCCCGGGUCUCUCCACUGAACCGUUGCGGUGGUGGCUGGGGAAAGCGAAGGUUUAUCGGAGAAUCGAAUACGGUUUUCAGAGUACGGGAGUUGUUGGUCUCUUGUAUUAACAAACGGAGCUUCCGGUGAAGCUACGCAGUGCCACCUUAAUAUCCAGGUGCUUUGAGAUGGAGCCCUUGACUUGGGGGUUCUCGAAAAGAAACGGGUUUUACGGAAGAUCAAUCAAGUCCUCGGCGACGUUGGCGAGUACAAGCAGCAACACUCAGUGGUUGUCUUGUCUACGCUCUCGCUGUCUGCGCUGCGAGACAGCCAUCCCCAUAGUUCUCUCCUACCGGACAACUCCUUCAGAACCCUGCUUUGUCGCCAUCCUCUUCAGUAUCUCCGUCGGUCGUCUCCUCGCUCGCAUCCUCCCGGAGAACUGGCUGGAACCCGGCUCUUUUUCAAUCGGAGAGCACGUCCUCUGCAAGGUCAUGAUCGAAUCCACAUUCCUGCGCUUGGGACUGCCGAAUCGUCGCGCGACGAUACAUUUUGAAAAAGCCGGAUAUGGCGAUCGUGGCCGUUGUGGCGUUCGUAGUUGGCUUGCAGAUGGUGGGAAAUUGUCCACCGCGGCAGUGCCACACAGUAAGAAGGCACCCACCACAGCAUAGAUCCGUUAUUAUUCCCACAUUAUGCACGCUUAGUCUAAUUGUAGCUGAUUUUGG